AUGGCGCCGUCGAAGUUUGGACUAUUCAAGGCUCGGAGUCGCGACCAGGCUGACCAGCCCUCCACAGAGAAUCUACUACAGACCAGCAAUAGCAGUGAUAAUGGUAAUUUGGGACCCCCCGGUUCGCCGAUACCGUCGACGAGUAAAGGCCUCACGGAGGACCUCACGCCCGAAGACAUAUCUGAUCUGAACAUUGACAGCGAAGAUGAUGAGGUUUCGGAGAAACGGACCCCGGUACGAAGGAGAAGUUUAAGCAGCAGAGCUGAUGAUAGUCAGGUAAACUACCACCCAUUAAAAAACCAGACGUCAACCGACGCCACGUCCACAUUAACAUUACACGAGGAUCAGCCCUAUGACGAACUUGGAUCAACUCUGGCCUUCGAAAUCGACAACGACGGCGCUUCCACAUCAGCUGACUGCAACUCCAUACAGAUGGACGAUCUUUCUGUAGCUCCCAGUGAGGAUAUAUCGGUGUACUGCGGAACGAUGAAGAAGCCGAAAAAAAGUAGAUCUAAAGAGGAGAAACAGUUGAGGGACCUGGAUAUGUGGCAAGCUAGCAACGUUGAAGUUAUGCAGAACUUACUAAGCCGAAGUGGCACACUCGACGAGCAGAUCAAAUGGGAGGCCAUCGCGACGGCCCGUGGACUGUGCACACUCACAGACAGCUGCACUUGCCCUGACUGCAAGAGGGCGAAGUACCUCACAGGAGUCACCGACGGUGAUGGAGGCCUAGGCGCUGCCCCACUCUUCAGCGCGAUCAGUGUAGGCUGCAGUGUGCAGUGAAGCGAGCGAGGACAAAGUGGCUUGACAAAGCCGAUGGGCAAAGUGGAACGUUACAGGGGUUUGGAUCAAUGAAUUCUGCUUAGUAUUCUGUAGGCAACGGAAAGUUUGGUGUUUUCUACAACAAAAUAUUAGCCGUCUUUUCUUCGUGGCAAUUAUUCAUUGGAAUAACCAUCGUGGUGACAUAGUGACAUUAAGUUUGUCAAUUAGCGUGUUAAUAUCAAUGUAAUGAAAAAUUAUAUGAACAGGUCGGACAGUGAAGUGGCUUGAAAGCUAAAUAAAAUGUCGAAGCAAAGUGGGGGUCAAAAAGGCCACAUUGAAGCAAUUAAUCUAAAAAAGCAAUAUUGCAAUUUGACAUUUGCGCAUUAAAAAUAAGUGUAUGAAAUGUCAAAUACUUUCUUAGGUGAAUUGCUUCAAAGUGACCUUUUUUGCCCCCUUGAUUCGUAUGAAAAAACAUUGCCCCCUUUAAAAUACCUUAAUAUCUGCACUGAAUAUAUUUUCUGUUUUGUAUGUGGUGUUGUGGUUCUAUAGACAACGUUUAGAUCUAUAAGUACUUAAAUACAAAUGCAAUGAAGUUAUACUACCUAUAAAGUGACUUAGAUUGCAAUGACUGAGCGACUAAUACUCGUAUAAAUGAUGAUUAUAAUGAAUUUUAUUAUAUCUACCUAUUAGACUAGAUUAUAUCGACCACUAUACACCGUCAAAUAAUGCUCGAUUCAUUUGACAGCUGUGAAAAUAAUAUAUUUUCAAAGACACUGGCUGGUUUUCUUUUGCAAAUUAUUCUUUCUUGUACUCUGAUCUUUUUGCCUAAAGGUUAGAUAAUAAAUAAAGCUCUUUUUACAUAACCUUUGCGCCUUUUUGCUGUCGGGAUGUUCCCACUUUUGAAACGUCACAUCACUUUAUAUAACCCUCAUAAAAAAAUCAUAAAUACCGUACUUUAUACAUUUAAAUAUUAAUAAAAUUAUUUUAUGUAUCUACUUACUUUAUUAGUUAAGUUGGUGUGUAACAUGAUAUUUGUAUGUUUAAAUAAGUUACGCUUGUGUAUAGGAUCCUAUGUAUUAGAAUAAUGUUAUUUUUAUAUAUUUUAGACUACAAUUUUAUAUCAUUAAAAAAAAAUUACUUAGUACUACGUGAUUUUUUUUUAUUUACUUAGUAUUAUUGAUUGAUUGAUUGAUUUUAUCAAUUUGCGUGGUAUAUUAUCGCAGGACCAGGGUGUAUUUUACUGGGAUACUUUUCUUGUACCCCAUUUGUAUUCACAACUUAUGUAUCACACUUUUCGUACUAUGAGAGAGAACUUUCUUUAAACACAGUUUUCAAAUAAAGUCAAAAACGUAAUAAAUACCUAGUGUCAAUCACAAAAUUUUGUAAAUAUAAAAGAAACUAUUUUCGUAACUAUUGUAGUCUUUUUUGUCUUCUAUAAAUCGAUGUCUAAUGAUAAUCGUCAAUUUUGUACCUAUAUCAGCACUAUAUAAUUUAAAAGUUGAAUCAAUAUUCCAUAAAACUUAUUUAGACUCAUAAACUUGAUACACGCAGAGCUGGGAAAACGGGACAAGCGGAGGGGACGCAGAAUUUUGUUUGCGUUUUGAUUCAAGUUUCCGCUUCCCGGCCCGUGUUUCGCUUUCAGGGCUCUUUUGUGUGUAGCAAGAUUUUGAUAUUUGUAAGUUAAUAGAAUUAUAAAUUAGUCUGUUUUUUUGUAUAAGCGCAUAUUUUGCGCCAUCACAGGCAAUGGAAUGCAAUUUUCUAACUGCCUUCAUCUAACAUCAAAUAUAUUAUGUCGAUUUUGAAACAUUUUUGUGUAGCGUAAGAAAUGUAAAAGUAAUUCUCAUAUUAAUGAUAAUUAUUAUGUGGUAGUAAUAGUGACCCUAAUGUGUGUAUUGUAUUAUCCUAAAUAUGUGAUAUAUGCGACUUACUAACCAUACGUAGCCGAAAAUAAAUAUGGAGAAACAUGAUAAGUAUUAUAUACUUUAUUGCACUUAACAACUAGUUACAAACAAGAAACGGACGUUUACAAGGGUGGACUUAUCUCUAAGAGAGAUCUCUUCCAGCCAACCCAGAGGUAGUAUUAUAAUACUGCGGAAGAAUAAAAAGAGAUAUCCAUUUCUUUAAAUCUUUGCCAUCGUGAUGAAAGAUCAUUUCCCCAAAUUGAACCGUCUAUAAAUCGAACUCAAUCAAAUGAAGGAAUUCAAUUCGUUACGAUUUGUUUUCGAUUGAUGAAUGAGCAGGAAGCAAGAGAAGCGUGUCAGGAUCGCAGGAAAUUGAAUGUCUGCUCCGGUGGAAAAUAGAUGUGAGUUUAUGUAUGUAUGUAUAAAUCGGACCGGGACCUCUGCUUUGAUAUAUUUAUUAUCGGCUUCGUGUGACAGUGUUUAUAAAUACAAAAUCUUCGAAUAAAGUGAGUCAAUGGCCUCUAAUCCAUGUAAGACUGAUGUGAAUUGACACUUUUCUAUUGUUGUAAGGAAUAAAUUUCCUUUUGCCUUGUGGAAACGUUUACGUCACUCCUUAACAAAAUUUUAUAUUUUAUUAUCUUAAAAUAUGAUAUUUAUUUUAUGAAUUACUCUUCCAGUUGAUGAAUAGAUAUUUUUUUUUGUUUUGACUGUAGAUUUACUGCAAAUAACAUUACCUAUUUGGCUGAAUAUAGUAUAUUAUAUCGUUUCCUCGGAAGACAACUUGCUACCAAUCUUAUGCAACGGUAUAUAGGUAUUACUCCUAUUUUAGACAGGGUGUCUAAAAUUCCGAGUGUAAAUCCGGUGGAUUCCGAGUUGAUAUCAAGUGGAAUUUUCUGUCGGAAAAUUCAUGAUAAUUUUAGUGACGGAAACUUACACUUGAUGGUCUGAAUCACCCCGUUACUAUUCGUUAGGAUGUCACUUAUAAAUAGCCUAUAUUAUAGUUCAGUAAGGUAGGCUUAACUGUCCUAUAGAAAAUAUCAAUUUGAAGAGUAUGUAUUUUUUGCAAGUUUUUUAUUAUACCAUGGAAUGGAAUAAAAUAAAUAUAAAAUCACCACAGAAAUCGCCAACCGCUUCAAAUGGCGUUCACUUGGCUGGAACUUUUGCACGGGGGUUAAAAAGGCUCCAUUGAAGCAAUCAUCUAAAAAAGCAAUAUUGCUGUGUUUGUUGACAAUAGCAAUAUUGCCUUGUAUAUGAACUUGGGACAUUCCAGGCUACGUUUUACAAAAAAAAAAAUAUAGAUGGCGCUGUACAGAGUUGCCUUUGCCUAACCUUCUAAUUUCAUCGAUAAAUGUAUGCAUCUUUUUUUUUGGUAUAAAUGAUAGAUAACCCUUGUGUAAUAACCACACCGGUUGUAAUAACAUCCGGGCACAACACAUCUUCCGCCCAUUAUUAUUAUCAUCAUAAUAAACAGAAGACAUAUAGGUAGCAAUAUAAUUCUAUACCAUAUCUGAUCCAAAUAUCAAGCAUCAAUUAUUUUUAUUUAUGUCUCUGCCAUUACAUUGUAUUUUUGAAUAAUUAAGCAAUGAUCAAUAUUGUUUUUGCGGAAUGUAGCCUGGAAAGUCUCUCAUUGCCUUAACGUGGCCUCUUUAGACCCUAAUACGUACUCUCCAUUCAUCUACCAAAGUAGUGGUUGCCACUUGAGGCAAAUCUGUACCAUGGUAUAACUUACAAUUUGCGUUUAAUAUAGGGUGGUUGUGUCAUUGAAAUGUCUGAGUAAAUUAAGGUUUGUAUUGUACGUUGGAUGGUAGGUAUACAAUAUUUAUAUAAUACCCGUAGGUUAGACAUUAAUAUUUUACAAAAAGUUGUGGCCAAAAUGAUUUGGGACUAGAAAUGAUUCAAUCCCGAAAGCAGAUAAAAAGUUUUGAUUUAAAAUUCCCCUUGAGAAAUAUUAGAAAAACAAUUAUUAAUUUAUAAAACCUUACCUACCUGUGUGUAAAGAAAAGCUAACCCGUGUAAGUAAAGUAGGUAAUUAAAUUAGAAUAAAGUGAUGUACCUAAUUAUUUAGAGUUUUUGGUACCUUUUAGGUACAUUUUAGUACUGUGUGUUUUAUAUUAUAAACCCUUAUCAUAUUUAGUCAAAUAAGUGAUAAUUAUUCUUAUGAUAUUUUCCGAAGCCUUUCCACAGUUCCUAUGUACAAUUUUGCUUUUUUUGUACUUUGCUUGAGCUUGUGAUUGAGUGGUACGUGUCGGAAUAUUCACGUAUAGUAUAUUGUAACUCUGACCCAAAUUAUUUUUCUGAAGAUUCGCUGUUCUGCCCAUCCUGAUAAGGAAAUACUCACUAUGACUCAACACAUUAAAAAAAAUGAAUUACUUAUCAUGAAAUCAAUCGAAAAUGAAUUAAUAUUUUGAUAAAUUUGUUCCCACUCACAGUUUUUAAGUUUAUAGUAUUAAAAUGAUAACUAAUUGAACUUUACAAAGAAUUAGGUUAAACAAUUUUGAGUACAUUUUAGUGUUAUUGUGAAUUGUAUCGUGUGAUUUUAAGGUGAGCAUUUUAUAAAUUUCAUAAUUUCUGCGUUACUAAUUGACCAUAAUUAUAUAAUUAUUAUAAUUAUUAUUAAUAUAAUUAUUUAUAAUUAUUGAGGAGCUCGGUGGCGCAGCGGUUAACGCGCUCGGUCUGCGAUUGUUGGAGUUAAGCAACUUUCGCAAAGGCCGGUCAUAGGAUGGGUGACCACAAAAUAAAAAAAAAGUUUUCAUCGCGAGCUCCUCCGUGCUUCGGAAGGCACGUUAAGCCGUUGGUCCCGGCUGCAUUAGUAGUCGUUAAUAACCAUCAAUCCGCACUGGGCCCGCGUGAUGGUUUAAGGCCCGAUCUCCCUAUCCAUCCAUAGGGAAGGCCCGUGCCCCAGCAGUGGGGACGUUAAUGGGCUGGUGAUGAUGAUGAUGAUAUAAUUAUUAGACAUUUAUACAAUAUCUAAGCAGCAUACAUAUUAUUAAAAUUAUUACUUAUACUUAGUGAACGUAUUUGUGUUGUCGGUGUUUCGUAGCAAAUAGCAACGUUCGCAUAAAUUGAUUGUGUUAUAAUAAUAAAUUAUU